AAAACGUUGAUGACCGUUGUAUGUUUUGAGGACUGAUGAACCGAAGGAGAGGACCCCGUCGCAUGUGAGUAUAAUGGCUCUCGUUUGACGUUCAUUUCGCUCAACUGUAGAACUUGGAUACAAACAGAGGUCCUAUUCAGCUGUUUUAAAAACUUAAUGUCACUUACACUUCGAGAGCAGAGACGGUCUUCCACAGUUUUCUUUCCUGGCUAGCUACAAGCUAGCUUACUCCAUGGGUGUCCUCAGAUUUUGGUCACGGUCCCUUUUAGCUGUUCAUAUCUACUGCCUUGAUUUAAAUGUUACCAGCCACAAAGAACUGGAAAAUUUUAGUAGUUGUUCUCUUUGUUUAGCCACUUAAAAAGCAAUCCAGCCCAGAUAUUGUUAGCAUUACUCUAAUUCAGUGAUGACAUUAAUAUUAGGCUGACUUAAAAUGUAGGUUAAAUCACAUUUCUACGAGGUUACACUUUAUGUGAAACGAUGAAGACGUCGAGAUGGAUUUGUUAAAGGAAGUAAACGUUAAAAACUACACUCAACCGUUGGCUGUUGGCCCUGGUGUUUGUGAAUUAAAAAUUACAUUUAAUGAGACUCCUUUGUAUGAAAAGUGGCAUAUUUUGCUCCACAUGAAUGCAUAUUGGCUUAAUUGAAUGUAUGCAAAUGGAACCAAAGCACAAGGAUGCUAUCUGCUCAGUUGCACAGUUUGUACUACAUUUAAAACCGUCAGGUCUUCUUUGUUAAUUACUAAAUUUCUAUUUUUUUCACUUGCACAGGUUUAGCAGGUGCAAAAGCUGCACAGUCCUUUAAUGAAUUAGACCCAGAAUAAGUCAUUGUUUUCCGAAGCAUCUAGGCUUUAAUGACUGGUUGAGCUUCAGUUUUGGAGAUGCCCUGACCCAUUCAUUUUAUGUUACAAUUCAGCGCCUGUCAAUACAGCUUAGAUUUUUAUGCCUCCUUUAUUCUUUGUCUGCGAACACAUCAGAUUCAAGGGCAAUAAUGCGCUUUAUGUAUAACGUAGGUGUUCUUGUCACAUAAUGAUCAAUGAGAUCCACUUCACCUAUCAGAAGUCAUAAUGUUAUGGCUGAUCUUUUGCAGUAGAGGUCUAAAAGAACUGGUAUUUUUUCUAUUUGUACAUGUUAUAUAACUAAUCUCUUUGCAUUACCAGCUCUCACACUCAUAGGAGAGGUGCACCAUCAGGAGGAGAAUGGAGACAGAGGAAAGAAGAGCCAUGGCGAGUCCAGAGCAAAGCACAGGUGAGAGAUGUGGAGGAGGAUGACAGUAGUCAACUACAACUUGACUACACAGUGCCAAGGGGAACAUGCCAGACCAUGUGCCCCACCGGUGAGCUGCGGGAUCGUGAGGCCCAGAACCGCUUGCAUCGAUUUGAGAUGUUAGCUGGUACUGAAAAAGAUAAGCGGCCAAAAGGAGACCCUUUACGUGCUGUCAAAGAGUAUUCCAGACCAGCCGCCGGUAAAGACUCAACAAAACCCAGUGACCUCCGUCCACCUGCUGUGUUGCGGAAAACUGUGUGUUACCUCAUUGAUGAUGUGGCUGCAGCCUCAGAUUUACAUCCUUGGACAGAGGUGAGUAAUAAUUCAUCAUCUUUUGCCAUGUCUGCCAAUUUUUAACAAACCUUUAUGGAAAAAAAAAAAAGUUUGAUCAUAAGAGACUUCAAAUCAAUGUUGAGGAAUUCUUACCCAACACUUUUAACUUUCAGCUUGUCUGCUCUCAUGGAAAGUUAAACAUGUCUUGUGUUUUCUUUUGUUUUUACCAUAUAGGCAAUUAGCCAGUAAAACAUUAAAUAAACCUUCUUUAUGGAAAACAAGCUUUUUGAGAAGUCUGUUCUUUAGAUGACCAAGACAACCAUACAAAAAUGAAUAAACAUUUGGCUUUUAUUCAGAGUAGAACUUCACCUCAAAAGCAGCAGGUCCAUGUUCUGGUACUUAAAAACAGACAACCUUGAGUUUUAGUUUGUACAACUGACACUGAUAGUGUUUUACUAACUUUGUAAGAACUAGUUAAUACUAAAUAUGCAAUCAUGAACGCAUUAAAAAAAAAUCUUCUUAAGGUAACCACAGUGUUACUUGUCUUUCAGGUGUACAACUUUGUCUUUGAUCGACUGCGUGGUGUGAAACAGGACAUGAUCAUCCAGAGGGUAUCUGGGUUGGACUGUGUGGCCAUCUUAGAGCCGACAGUGCGCUUUCUUAUAUACUCCUCUUACCGGCUUUGUGGUGAGCCCCUGCGGCUCUAUGACCCACGCAUCAACGACACACACCUACAGGAGUACCUGAGCUGGCUGUUGGAUUGUUACAAAACUGAAACAGGGUCGCAUCCCAAUCAGGAGGAGUUCCAGGCUCUUGGUCUGCUGUACAAUUUAGGUCGGUUUCUGUGUGUAGUAUUACAGGGUUUCUUUUUGCUGUAUUUGCAUGUGUGUCAUGGCAGGAUAACAUGCUUGACUGUUAAGAAGUAAUUUCCCAAAACUGUGUGAGACACACUGCCGUCCUCUUAUUUUGCAUGACAGCCGUGUAACAAACUAUUGAGGCGUAUGUGGUGGAGGUGCCAUCAAAAAACUACAGUCUAGCAACAACACUGCUGCAGAGCUGCAGCUGUAUCUACUUUAAUCUACGAUUAUCUGUUUUAUUUAUUUAAUCUGCCAUUGCCAGCAGAGACAGUCACACCAGUUGAGUGUAAAUAUCACAAUCAAAGGAAGGAAUAACUGUGGCCAAGAUAUUGUUCAUCACUUUCUCUGCUCUUAAUGGAUAACAUGAUUUUCUAAGAAGUCCUCAUCACGUGUAAAAGCAGUGUGGGGUAAGGAGUGUAUGCUGCAGCAGGAGAAGUAUAAUUUCUUCUCCCUUAUUUCCCUCAGGUUCAGCAAAAGUCACACAACACAUCAUGGAGCUCCCUGAGCGGCUGCGCAGGUCCUCCACCAUCACGCUCGCCAUGUCCAUCAAUCGAGCCUUCUGUGAGAGAAACCCUGUACGCUUGCUGAGAUUGUCUCAGCGGCUGAACUUCUUGGAGAGCUGUGCUCUGCACCAUCACUUGGUGGCGUGUCGUAGAGAUCUACUGCUUAUAUACAGUCAUGGACACAACAGCCGCAACUGUCGCUUUCCUCUCGACAGAUUGGCUCAGCUCAUGUCAUUGGACAAGUCACUUGCCGCCCAAAUGUGUCGGAUGUAUGGCGUGGAGGUUAACCAGGACAGCCAAGUGGUUUUCUCCAAGGCUGCUUUUACUGAGCCUGAACAAGGAAAGGAGCACUGCAAACUGUUUCACAACAUAGUGGCUGAGAAACAGAGAGACCUCACUGUUGGGAGGAUCAUUCAUGGUUGUUCUUAAGGCAAAAAAUUUAAUGUAAAAAGUUAAGUACACAAAGAAUUGUGUCUUGUAUUUUGUAGAAGGAAUUUUUUGUUUGUUCCACAGUGAGACACUUUACCAGUGUUCCUUUCUACUACUGUUACCUUAUUCUUUUGAUUUCAGCUUCGGGGCUUCCCUGAAGAAUGCCAGUGUGUUUUACACAUAACAGUCUUUUUAUUAUAGAAAUAUUCAAAACUGCAAGGUCCGGGCUACUGAGUCGGAGAGCAGAGUGCCUGGUUGUGUUGCUCUCUGCUUCUGGGUGUGUUUUCUUCAUUGUCCUGAUACAAGCUGUGCCUCAUUUACUUCAAAUGUGAAAAGCUUAAUGUUGAUAUUGGCUCUUAAACAAUGUUGAUAGUGUUUUAUUUAUGCAGUGAUUUUCUUAAAAAUACUCCGAAAACGUACUUUGCAAGAGUUGAUUUAUACGGUGGCUGAGAACCGCCACUGCUGCAAAUAAAAAAGAAUGCAAAAAAAAAAAAAAAGCCAUAAUGGUAGUUAAAAAUUUUUUACUUACUACAAAAAUAAAAGGAUGCAAAUAAAAAAAGCCACAACGGAUGUAAGCUGCUGGGGACCAAUAAUGAUGAUACACAGGCUUUGGUUUCUGUUUUUUGUUGUUGUUGUGUUGUUAACGUUUGUGGCUUUUUUUAAAAAUCUGCACCAUUUCUUUUAUUAUUUGCAGUGGGCUUUGUUUUUUUUUUCCAUUGGUAACUCCCAUUAUGGCUUCUUUUCUUUUUUUUUUUUUUUGCAUUCUUUUAUAUUUGCAGCAGUGGUGGUUCUCGGCCACCGUAAAUUUAAGCUCAGCAGUGCAAUACCUCAGAUGCAUUUCAAUAAACUGUUUUAUUUUCGAGA